UGUUACGGGGAAGAUCCUGACAAAAAUCAUUAAGGAUGCCUGAGCCGGCGAAGUCUGCUCCAGCACCGAAGAAGGGCUCCAAGAAGGCGGUGACCAAGACGCAGAAGAAGGGCGACAAGAAGCGCAAGAGGGCAAGGAAAGAGAGCUACUCCAUCUACGUGUACAAGGUGCUGAAGCAGGUGCACCCCGACACGGGCAUCUCGUCCAAGGCCAUGAGUAUCAUGAAUUCUUUCGUUAACGACAUCUUCGAGCGCAUCGCGGGCGAGGCCUCGCGCCUGGCGCACUACAACAAGCGCUCCACCAUCACCUCGCGGGAGAUCCAGACGGCCGUGCGCCUGCUGCUGCCCGGCGAGCUGGCCAAGCACGCCGUGUCCGAGGGCACCAAGGCCGUCACCAAGUACACCAGCUCCAAGUAAAAGGACACAAAUUAUAAACCAAACGGCUCUUUUAAGAGCCACCACACGUUCCUUAUAAGAGCUGUGAUUGCAAAUACCACUUUUUAAAAAUGUGGAUUAUGUACUAUGAAUCCCAAGAACUAACAAUAUAGGUUUGAAUUAUUACGCAAUUUUUCAGAUUUUUUAUCCUCUGCAUUACUAG